CUCCGUGAGAGAAAAGAAGAAGCUGGUCGGUCUAACUGCAGGUUCUCUCUGAUGUCUUUCCCCUUCCUCCUAUUCUACUGAUUACGUUGCAAGAAAUUCAAUCACAAAACUCUAAUUCACUCUACAGUGAAUCCUCCUCCUCAAAAUCAAUUUCAAAUGCCAACUAUUUAUCCCCAUUAUUACCCUCCUCCCUCAAUUUCAAACCCUAAUACACCGCCUUAUAUUCCACAACUUAUCAAAUCCCUCUCUUUUUACUCCUCUCUAUCUUCUCUUCUCCUCACUUGUAUCGCCGUUUCCGCUCUUUCUCUCUCCCCUCUUACUCAAAAACCGAUUUCAGUUCCUUCUCUAAUCUCCCUCCCUCUCUCAAAUAAGGGUUUUCCCUGUCUUUCUAUAAUACUAAACAAGCUGGCUAUCGAGAAUGAACAGCAGAAGAUUGGGGUUUUAAGAACUCAUCAGAAGAAAGUCAUGGUCGGUCCGAUUAUUCCAAUGGAAACAAUGGAAGACGAUGACUUUGGUCCUCAAUGGUUAAGGCCAUUACUGGAAGCAAACUAUUUCAAUCCUUGUAGAGACCAUGGAGAUUCUAGUAAAAGUGAAUGCAAUUAUUUCUGCUUGGAUUGUAUGGGUAAAUCUAUCUGUUCUUACUGUUUGAUUCAUCAUAGAGAACAUCGCAUUGUUCAGAUAAGGAGAUCUUCAUACCAUAACGUGAUAAGGGUUAAUGAAGUUCAGAAGCACAUAGACAUUUCUGGUGUUCAACAUUAUGUAAUCAACAGUGCUAAAAUCGUUUUUCUCAACGAACGCCCCCAACUAAGACCUGGUAAAGGAGUUACAAAUACAUGUGAAAUUUGUGCCAGAAGCUUACUUGAUUCAUUCAGAUUUUGUUCUCUGGGUUGUAAGCUAGAAGGGAUGAGACGAGGUGACCAAGAACUGACAUUUAGUCUUCGCAUGAAGUACAGCCGUGACCCGUUCCAGAACUCUGAUACAGAAGAUGAAAACUCGUCAACACCAAAGAAACAUCGUAAGAACCGUCUGAUGGACAUUCACAUCCCAUCUGACGGUAGUAAUCACUCUGGAGAAACUUACUCAAGAUUCAAUGAAGGAAACGGGGUUAACUUGUCCCCAGCCACUCCUCCAAUCAACAGUUACCGUACCAACAGAAGGAAGGGUAUACCUCACCGAGCUCCAUUUUAGAAGGAAAAUGAAUUUAAACUUUGUAAAAAUGGAAGAAGAAAAGGGGUAAAAGGGUCUCUUUUUAUAGAUAUUUAUAAUAUACAGAAUAAUAAUGCUGGGAAAUAUAUGGAAGAAGAUGGAGGGUGUGAAAGGGAAAUAAGGAUUUGAUGAAGCUAAAAUGGUAACCCUAAUUGUGUUUUAAUGGGUCUUAUUGUAAAUAUGGUUAAUGUUUAAGGGGGCUUGUUUUUAGAAGAGUCAUUGAAUGUUGUCAUGUUUAAUAUAAACAAAACAAUUAAUAUUUGUUUUUAUUGUUAGUGAUAGUGAUUAGAUAUUUAGAUUAGUGUCCUUUAUCUUGGGUUA